CAGCGCCCUCUGUGGGCGUGGGCGCGGGCGUGGUGGACAGAGAAGCGUGGGCGAGUCAUGGGGUUUCCGCCAUGACGUUGUCGCCUGGCCCCAGAGCGCAGCCCGCCCACCAUCCGCACCAGCAGCCCCAGCACGCUACACCCACGCCCACGAGGAGAGUCCUGCCAGACAUAAUCAGCGUGGUUCGGGCGGGCCAGCAGGGUGCCAUCAUAAGCCGGCCGGCCACGCCCCAGCGCCACCUUCCUCUCCCUCCGCCGCGGCAGGAGCAGCCGCCGCCCACUCCCCCGAGCGCCCGCAAUGGCGUCGCGUCUCCCGCCGCCCUCUCCCCUCUGCCGCCGUCGUCGCGGAAGGCCCCGCCGGCGGAGGAGGAGCUGCUCAAGCCCCCGCUCGGCUGGGAGACGCCCCUGGGGGAGGAGAGCGGCGAGGGCUGGGGAGAGGACGGCAGGGUGGGCGGGGGCGGCCCGGGCGAGGAGGAGCACCGCUUCUGCUGCACGGUGGCCAGGAUGCGGCUGGUGAUCCACCUGCAGACCAUGCUCAGAGAGCAAUUCGAGGCCCUGCAAGAUGAGCUGGAGCGACGUCGGGAAGAAUGUAUCCAGCUGAGGACGGUGCUGGCCAACCGAGCCCAUGACCUGCGCUCCCUCACCCAGUCCUCCUACGGGAAGGACGUGGACAUAGUGAACGAGGACGGAGAGCUGGCCAUUGCGUACCAGACACAGAAACAAGUCAACAGACAACUGGAGGAGGAGCUCAAGAGCGAGAAACUGCGCCACCGAGAGGCCGAGACAGAGUACAAGUCAGAGCUGGACAGGCUGCGCAGGGACAAUGACCGUCAGCAGAAGCUCCUGGCUCAGAACCUCACCAAGGGAGGUGGAUCGCAACCCGAGACUCUCCUUCAGUCGGAGAUCAUGAGGCUCACUUCUGAGAAUUUGAAUCUCCAGGGGCAAGUGGACAACCUGACCGAGCAGCUUAAGAAGUACAAGAGGUCCCUGAAGGCGUAUGCGAAGAAGAUCAAGGAGUCGGGUGGUAAGUACCUGAACAAGGGGCAGAGAAGGGGAAGGGGAGGGUGUUGGGUACAUUUUUUUCUUGAUAUUUUUCUUUAAGAAGGUGUGUGUGUUUUCUUCAUUUUUAUAUUUUGGAUGGUUGCGGUUUCGUUUUGUUGUGUUGCUGUGGUCAUCAGAUGAGGUUUGUUUCUGCAGAAUUUUUUCUUGAUUUUUUAUGAGAAAGCAGAUACGGAAAGUCUGCGUUUUGAUUGGUUGGUAUGGAUUUGUUCGAUAUUCCGAUGUUUAUUUACAGCUGAGGCGGAAAAAAAAUCUUUCUUUCGUAAUUAUCAUGGUAAGUAUUGGUCACUGGAAUCCUUACCAUGUAAUUUGUGUAUGGAAGGCAGAAGGCUAACUUGAUUGGAAGUUGAACCCGUGGGGAUUGGAGUUCAAGGAAGGUGCGGUGUCAAGGUGGAGACCAAAAAAGGGUGAUUGAUGUUGGAAGGAAGAGGGAGGUUUUAGGGGAGGGAAUGGUGUCAAGGUAGAGGGAAAUUGGCAAAGGUUGAUUGUUGCUAAAGGGAGAUCUCACUGUGAUUCAGUUCAAGGAAGAAGCAGUCAAAGGGAGGUGGCUGAAGGGUGAUUGACGUUAAAGGGAAAGGGUUUUUCAGGGUGAUUGGAGUUCAAGGGAGAUGAAUGGUGGCUACUUGUAGAAGAGUUUUUCAUACAGCGGCAAAGAAUGGCAUGACUCUAUAUUUAUAUGAUCCUUGGUGUCAAAGGUUUUGUGAGUGAUUCAUCUUGUUAGCAAAGUCCUAUAUCUUCUGGGACUUCUAAUAAUAAUGAGACAAUUUUAUGUAUUCUGGGACUUAAAUUAUUUGGUUAAUGUUAAUACUUUUGCAGUGUGUUUAUCUUUUGAUGGUGUUGUAAAAUUUGUUUUGUAUACAUAGCUGGUUAGUUGUCUUUAUUUCCUACUGUUGUGAAAUGCCAGUUCGCCAGCAUCUAGGUGUUGUUGGGAAGAAAGUAUUUUUAGAUAUAAGGAGGAACGCCAAUAAGAUCAGUGCUGAUAAUCUUUAUCUUAUCGGUAUCAAAAUCUAUUAGGAAACAUUUACGUGUGUAUUGUUUGGAAUGCCAAGUGGGUCGGUUUUUUGUUUUUCGAUUUCUGAAUUGGGAAUUGGGAAUUGGUUAUUUGGAUUAAAAAGAAGGCAUUUAGGGUUUUUAGUUCAAUGAUGAUAGCUCUAUUUUCGCAGGAGGAAGGGAGAGAGAAAAUAUAUGAGAUUACAGCAUUAUGGUGUUGACCGAUAGUGUUAGCCCAGGUGGCGUUAUCUCGCUUA